CGCGCCUCCCGCGCGCAACAGUUCCCCCAAAGUUGCCGCCGGGGAGGCGCGCAGCCGGCGGGGGACGCGGCCUUGGUCCGACAGGCGCAGCCCUUGGGUGGGCGGCGGCAUGGGCACUCGGCAGACCAAGGGCAGCCUGGCGGAGAGAGCCAGCCCGGGCGCGGCGCCCGGCCCCCGCCGCGAAAGACCCGACUUCUGGGCGUCGCUGCUACUGCGCGCCGGGGACAAGGCGGGGCGCGCGGGCGCUGGGCUACCCCCCUACCACCGGCGCGUCGGCAUGGUCCAGGAGCUGCUGCGGAUGGUGCGCCAGGGCCGGCGGGAGGAGGCGGGAACGCUGCUGCAGCACCUGCGCCAGGACCUGGGCAUGGAGUCAACCUCCCUGGAUGACGUGCUGUACCGCUAUGCCAGCUUCAGGAACCUGGUGGACCCCAUCACACACGACCUCAUCAUCAGCCUGGCUCGCUAUAUCCACUGCCCCAAGCCGGAAGGGGAUGCAUUGGGCGCCAUGGAGAAGCUGUGCCGGCAGCUGACCUACCACCUUAGUCCUCAUUCACAAUGGAGGCGGCACCGAGGGCUGGUGAAGAGGAAGCCACAGGCCUGUCUUAAGGCCCUCCUAGCUGGGAAUCCUCCAGACAACAUGGUGGAUCUGUCAGGCAUUCCUCUGACUUCCCGUGACCUGGAACGUGUGACCAGCUACCUUCAGCGCUGCGGAGAGCAAGUGGACAGUGUGGAGCUAGGCUUCACGGGCCUCACGGAUGACAUGGUCCUGCAGCUACUGCCAGCACUCAGUACCCUGCCUCGCCUCACCACACUAGCCCUCAAUGGCAACCGACUGACCAGGGCUCUGCUGAGGGACCUCACUGACACCCUGAAGGACCCCAGCAAAUUCCCCAACGUCACAUGGAUUGACCUGGGCAACAAUGUGGACAUCUUCUCUUUACCCCAGCCUUUCCUGCUCAGCCUGCGCAAACGGUCUCCAAAACAGGGUCACCUGCCAACCAUCCUGGAGCUGGGGGAGGGGCCAGGUACUGGGGAAGAGGCUAGGGAGGCUACAAGUCAGCAGGACCCUGGAGGAAGCCCUGUGACACCUGCUGAAGACCAUGAAAGUAGGGAGGCUGUGAUUCAGACUUGACAUGGAUAUACGGGUCCUAACCAGGAGGCUCUACUAGAUGA